GCACAUUGAGCCGCAGCAGCGAGCGCCGGUCCUGCCCCUGCACUGUCAGCCGCAGCUCCCCGGGGCCCGGUGCCGGCUCUGGCUCCGGCUCCCCCCCGGCUCCGGCGUCCACCACACACUCUGGCCAGGGGAGAGGCAGGCUGGGCUGCGCCGGCCUGGCCCAGCCCCAUGGCGCCCACAGGCCCCCCCCCCCGCCUCCCAUGUUGCCCCGGCGCACCCCCCACUCACCCACGAUGUCGGCGACCCCCAGCCCCAGGGCCUGGGGGGGUGGCGCUGGGCUCCAGCUCCCGGUCCCGCAGCAGCAGCAGGAUCCGGCCUGGCGGCACCCGCAGCACCUGCGCCAUGUGCUCCACCACCGCCCGCAGCGGCUCCGACUGCCGGGGCCGAAGGAGCGAGCGGCAAUAAAACCUGCCCGGAGCCACCGGCCCCAGGUGCCGACCCCCAAGUGCAGCCAUGGCCCCCAAGAAGGCGAAGCGACGUGCGGCCGAGGGCAGCUCCAACGUCUUCUCCAUGUUCGACCAGACCCAGAUCCAGGAAUUCAAGGAGGCCUUCACAGUCAUCGACCAGAACCGGGACGGCAUCAUCGACAAGGAUGACCUCAGGGAGACCUUCGCUGCCAUGGGGCGGCUGAAUGUGAAGAACGAGGAGCUGGACGCCAUGAUCAAGGAGGCCAGCGGCCCCAUCAACUUCACCGUCUUCCUCACCAUGUUCGGGGAGAAGCUCAAAGGUGCGGACCCUGAGGAUGUCAUCAUGGGGGCGUUCAAGGUGCUGGACCCCGACGGGAAGGGCUCCAUCAAGAAGAAGUUCCUGGAGGAGCUGCUGACCACCCAGUGUGACCGCUUCACCCCUGAGGAGAUCAAGAAUAUGUGGGCUGCCUUCCCCCCUGACGUGGCUGGCAACGUGGACUACAAGAACAUCUGCUACAUCAUCACCCACGGCGAGGACAAGGAGGGCGAGUGACCCCCUGACCCGGACGCCUGGGUCCCUGCCUGGAUGGCUGCCCCCCCCCCCA